GUUUCUCAUACUUUCAAAGAUGGUCAAGUUUGAUGCCAAGUUUGCCGAGAAGCUCUCGAUCCUGUCUCACCACAGCGUGGGCAUCCUGACCCGCCUGUACAACCUCAAACAGACGUUUGAAAACCCAGAGACCCGACCGUCGUUCCUCUCAGACAAGGUCAUCGAGCCCGUCCUCAAGAACAUGGUCAAAAAGUUCCCGUUGAUCGACAACACAAAGACCAUGUCAACCCCAAUCCCUGCACGACGCGUCGAGAUCGCCAAGGUGCUCGAGCCGCACUACUACACGCUCCUCGAUGCACUCGAGUUCAAGGACGUGGCUGCGGAUCUGCUCACCUCGCUCGGCUCGACCGUGUCGGCCUGCAACCUGGCCGCCAACUUCCACCUGACGCGCGGCUUCCUCGACCUCCUGGUCAACUACGCCUCCGCCAUGAUCAUCUUGUCGCGCGUCGAAGACCGCAAGGUGAUUGCUGCCCUGUACUGCACGACGCACGAGCUGAGCGCCAGCUCGGCCGAGCCCAACUAUGGCCGCCUCUCCCAGUGGCUCUCCGACUAUGAGCUUCCCAUUCGCCGCCUGUCGGACGACUUUCAGGGCAUUUCGCGCUUUAUCGCCUCGGCCAUCAUGUCGUGCCGCAGCCACUACGGCCGCUUCCACAUCCAGGCCGCCCUGCUCCGCCAGUCCAACAUUUUCCACAUGCUCACGAGCCGCACCGACCUGCUGGUGCCGACCCACACCACCGAGGUUCUCAGCGACGUGUUUGUCUCGCUCGAUCGCAUGACCAGCUGGAUUGUGAUUGGCUUUCUGCUGUGCCCAGCCGAGCUCGACCACUCUGAGACGAGCGAUCUGCUCCGCGUCGCCCUCAUUGACGGCUUUAUCACGCCUCUCUUCCGCGACGAGGUGCUGCACAUCCACGCAGAGUACGAAACCACUGCGGCCUUCUACAAGACCACCGGCCGGUUGACCAAGCUCAAGCAGCUCGUUUCCGACUGCGCUGCCUUCGCCGUUCAGUCCAGCGGUGGCUUUCACCGCGAGCGUCGCCACUUUUUCCGCCAGAGCAUCCAAGACCUCCAGCUCUUGUUCACCGACAAGCCGGGUCUCCUGGGCCCAAAGCUGCCCAGCCUGCUGAUUGUCAUGGGCCUCGCGCGCGACGAGGUCAUCUGGUACUUCCGCCACUGCGAAGCCGCUCCUCCCAAGACCCGCGGCAAGUACAAGGACACAGAGUACCGCGACAACACGAUUAGCGAGCUCAUUUUCUGGCUCAAGGAGGCCGCCGCCCUGGUCAAGUCGUCCGAGACCAUUCUGCGUCAAUACUAUGGCGAGUUUUUGGCCGGAUACGAUCUCGAGCUGCUCCGCGACGCAGUGUCCAACAUUCCAUGCCCGGAGGAAGAGUCGACUUUGAUUACCUCGUUUGUCGACCUCCUCAGCGGCCUCUCGCCCGCCACGCUGGCCUCCAAUCCGCCCUCCUUUGCCGGGCUGCGUCUCGACUGGUUCCGCCUCCAAGCCCUCAUGUCUGUCAACAAGGCGCCCGUGCAGCUGGCCAGCUACCCAGAGCUCACCUUGUACAUGAAUCUGAUUUCCUUCCAUUCCUACGGUGUCGACGCUGUGGACGAGCUUGUUCGGCAAACCUCGUCGCUCACCGGACUGGUCGCCUACCGCCGCGAGCUCAUCAAGCACUUUGAGCCGUGCAUGAACACGCCUCGCCAGUCGCGAUACUCGUUCGUCUUCCCCGCCAUUUGCGGCGAGUUCCCCUUGGCAGCCCACGAGUUUUUGGCCGAGGAGCGCGCCCUCCUGGGCCAAGUGAGCGUCAGCCUUGCAGACAAGUUCCUGGAGCACAUUGCGUCGAACACGGCCCGCACCGUCCACCAGUACUGUAUGGAGCACGUGCGGAUGGGCCACGAGCUGCUGCCCGUCACUGGCACCCAAACCCUCAUUGCCGCCUUCAACGAAAAGGUGGCUGCCGCCAAGGAGGCUGGCCGCAAGCCCACGCGCAAGGCGGUCGCCCCGCCGCAGCUGCUCGCGCGCAACCCGACCGUCAUUGCGCACUUAUCCGAGUUGCACUUUUCCCUGGCCGAUCUGUGCUGGUCCAUCAGCCACGACAGAACGCUGCGCGUCUUUGACACUGACUUUUGCCCUCGCGAAUACCUCGUCGAGGCGCUGCAAAAGCUCUUUUCCGGCGCUGUCGUCGGUCUGAUGGGUUUCCGCGACGAGGAGCACCGGAUCAACCGCCCCUCGAUCCUUCUGCAAGCGACUCUUGCGUACAUGGAGGGGUUGUUUUCGCUCGAGAAUUAUGUCGAUAUCAAUAUGCUCGAGCUCUUCUACAACGUCCUCCAAGAACAAACGCAGCUGAAGGACCGCAACGGCAAGCCGACAGUCGCCACUGGCUACUCGACGUGGUACAUGGACUUUUUGACGCGUCAGGUGGACACUGGCCACUAUGCCUACUCGGCUCUUCGUAAGAGCUUUGUGAGCCGUCAGGACGUUCCGUUCAAGGCCGAGCAGUUUACCGAUCUGCCCGAAUUGAUGUCACUCUGCCAGCUCAUCGGCCCUUACGGCGUGCGAAGCUUGGAUGAGAUGAUUAUGAAGAUUUUGACUGCCGAGGUUGGUCAGAUCAAGGGCUAUGUCAUGAACAACCAAGACGGCCUGCAGAUUCUCCAAAAGUCAUGGCACGACGCUGCUCGCUGCGCUGACGUGCUCAAGAAGCUGAAGAACGUCGACGAGCUCAUUGUUCGCUCGUUGCGAAUUGGCGCCCUGCUGAGCUUCCGUUCGCUGCUCACCGAGGCUCUCUCGCUGGUGCUUGCCACGCGCGCUCCUUUGAUCGCCAGUUGCGUGAAGGACAUGCACGAGUUCUUCCCGGAUGUCCGCGAUCCUUUGUUUGCCCAAGCUGUCGACCGUAUUGCGUUGUUGGCCGGCAUGACCAUCGACAUUGAUCCUGUUAUUUCCGACGCGCUCAAGGAGCAUUGCAUGAACCCUGACUACGAUUUCAAAGUCUGGAACCUCCUGCUCGUCUUCUUUGCCGCUUCGUUGUGCACCCUUUCGACCCGCGAGACGUCCAUCUACAAGCCGGCGCUCGAAGCAAACGCAAACAACGCGCACUGCCUGCCGUUGGUCAUCCACAACCUGUCCUCCACCCUCUUGUCCCUGACCGCCGAGGCCGAUCAGCACAUUCCCGAGUGCCAGAAAGAGUUUUUGACGAUUGCAUCCGUCUUGUUGAUGCGACAGCGCGCGGACGCCAACAGCACCAGCAAGGACGCGCCGAAAGAACUCGACUCGAUUGUCAUUAUUCUCGACAAGUUUGUCCAAAUGUCGCCCUUCCUCAACGCCGAGGAGCUGGAAGAGUGCCUGCCCUACACGCUUCUGCAGGCUUCGUACAGUGUUCUGCAUCAGCGACGGGCUCCCACCGGCAGCAAGAAUGUUGGGUUUUGAUUCUGCUUCUUUUUGUGGUUUUGUUGUUUUCGGUGCGAAAAUUACUGGUGCGAAAUUUUGUCCUGGGACUAGCGUUGUAAUACAAAUG